AUGGAAAAAAGCCUCAAUCCUGUUUUAAAAUAUCAUAAGAAAUUAAAAUAAUAGAAACAGCAAAAACGAAAAGAAGCUCAUGAAAAACACAAAAAAUAUGAGAGAAUGAAAUAAGAGAAACUUUAAAUAAAGUAACAAAAGGAUGCCGAAAAAUAGUAGGAUUCAGAUGGAGAAAAAUAAGAAGAAAUAAUUGUUAAAGAAAAUGAAUAACCAAUUAUUAAUGAGCCUCCUAUCAAUUUAGAGUUAAUAAAAGACGAAAGAAUUAAAGUACCAGGUUAUUCCUAAGAAUUUUCAAAAAAAGCAAUUGAAAUAAAUAGAGCAUUUUUGGAUCCUUCAAAACGAAAAUAUGUUCCAUCUCAUGAAACAAAAAUUGCAUCAUAGAUUAAUGAUAAAUUAUUGGAGUAUCAAGCGAAGCCUAAUGAGAAAAUAUAUAAAAAUGCUGAUGGAGUGAUUAUUACAGAUGAAGUUUUAAAAAUAUUUGGGGGAAAAGUGGAUCCUUCUAAAAUAAAAAUUGGAUAUAAAUAAAAGUAGCUCUAAACAUAAUUUUCUACUUAUGAUCCAUUUAGUAAAGUAACUGAAUAGAUGAACUUUGAUUAUAUUAAAAAUUUAGAAGAAUAGAGAUUACCUUAACCUCCAUAAUAACCUUAGGUUGAGGAAGUGGAGCCUUAGCCAGUGAAGAAAAUAUUUUUACCAGAUGAAGAAAAAGAAGAAAAGCCUAUUUGUCCAGAUGUGAUUGUAAAAGAGAGCACUGUUAAAAAAUGCAAGAUUGAUUUAACAAAAUAAUAAGUUCCUUUGAUACCACUUCAUCUAUAAAGAAAGCAGAAUUAAUAAUAAUAAUAAUAACAAUAAUAGUAACAAUAACAAUAACAAUAAUAAUAAUAGCAAUAACAAUAUCAAUUAUAAUAAUAGUAAUAACAAUAGCAUUUGCAAUAACAAUAACAAUAAUAAUAUUAUCAUUAGUAGUAACAAAUAAAGCAAGAAUAAAUUAUUAAUAACUAAAAUAAUUUUAGAUAAAUUGUAAAAGAAAGUCAAAUUAAGAAAAAACCAGAAGAGGCUUUUUAAGAUUUUAUGAAGGAUCUCGAAAAAUUGUGA